CGCAUAUGUACACUGUUAUUUAGUGGUUCGCGUUACGAAUGAAGCAUUUUAUUCGUGCAGUAAUUCUUUAAGAAGUUAAAGCUAUGGGCCGGUUAUUGUUUUAUGAUGAUCAUGUUAAAGAUCUCAUAAAUAACAUGAUUAAAGAAAAAAACCAUAAAAUUGGUUUAGUGUUUGGGCAAAACACAUUAGAGAAAGAUUUUGUUGUGCAUCUAACUGAAGUUCCAGCUAAAGAAAAAGAGGAGGAAAUUGGCACUGAACAAAACAGUGAAGAGUUGAAAUCUUCUAAGAAUACAACAAAGAAAAGAGAAACUGAUGAGCUAGAUGAAGCAUGGAUUUCCCAGCAUGGAAAACAGGUAACAAGAAUGCUUCCUGGAGGACUAGAAGUGUUAGGAAUCUUUUUCAUUUCUCCAGUCGAAACCUAUAUCAAUUUACAACCCAAAUUACGACAGAUUUUGUUUGCUUUAAAUAAAGCUUUGAGUCGAGAUUUGAGGUUCAACAUUAGUUCAGACAGUUUGGAAAGGAUUCUACUUCAUAUCUGCCCCAUAACAAACAAAAUCACCAGUCGAACCUUUGAUGUUAGUGAUUACAAGAGUACAGCUAAGCCUGCAGACUUUAAGUACCAGAGCAGUCCUUUCCGCUGGCACAGGUUAAAUUCCCGAUACACAAUUGAUGCAUGGAUUCCUGUUAGCAAAGAUCAGUAUAAGCAGAACCUGUUGAAACAGAUUCAUUCUGGACUUAGUCCAUCAUACAUUGCUGUCAUUAAUGCCACUGCAUUGAUUGACAGAGAAAUGAGAGAAGACAGAGAUUUAUUAGAUCCAGCAGGAGAAAAAAAGAAAGGCAAACAAAGGUCAAAGGAACAAUCAGCCCAGAAAAGCUUUGAUGUGGACUUGUUUCUUUCUCUUUUAACCAAUAACAACAACUUGAAGGAGGUAGAGCCUAUAGAUUGUGUAGCCUCCAUGGUUGUGAAAGGAACAAUACAAUGUCGAGGCUAUGUACACAGUAAGGCUACAGUCGCUGAUGCAAUAAGGGCUGUCAAACAAGACAUUAUUCGAAGUCUCAUGGCACGGUGUGAGAUACAGUGUGAAGAUCUGCUCUUAAUUGAAGAAGAACAGAAUGAUCCAUCUGUUGUCCACGAACUUCCUCGCAGAGUAUUUGCUCCACUGUCCCAAAGUGAACUCACUGUUUGUGAUUACUUAUUCCAAGGAGACUCUGCAGGAGACUGUUUGAAUGCUUUCCAAGAUCUGUUAGGAUUAAAUAUUGCUGAGAAUGAAGUGGAGAUGGAUUGUGAAUGUGCUCCAAUUUCCCUACAAAACUACGAUGCAGAUGUUGAGGAACGACUCUCUGAUGCAGAAGAACUCGUAACAACAGGAGCAAAAAAUCUUAUAGUUCCUGUGAUCAGUGCGGCUGUGGCAGCUCUAGCAGCUGGCCUCUCAUAUCUUCUCCUUCAGGAUACAUGAAGAUGCAAACACUGCCAACGUAGUGGUGCCAUGAAAAAUUACAUUGUUCCAGGGGUCCUUGGUAGUAACUGUAAGCUGAUUUUAUAUAAUGCUGACAUUUUUUACCAUACAUAUGUAUUAAGGUUUUUGUUCCAUCAUUUGGAUACAUUAUUUUCUUCUUAAGAGGUAAAGAAUUGAAUAUGAUACUCUACCAAGUAGGGUCCUAUUAAAUGGGUAUCUGAAAUUUAAA